AUGCCCGGCCUUGCCAUCUUGCAGUUGAAGGCAGAGCAGGCCAAGACCCAUCCCGAUGAUGGCACUGCCGAUGGCAAGUCUGCAGAUGCAAUGCCUGCGAUGCGUCAGCCCAAAGAUGCAGUUUCGGUCUCCGAGGCUGUUGCACAGAGGCCGACACUGGCCGCCAUCCUAUCAGAGCAGGAGGUGGAGCUGAACAAAGGCUUCAAAGCCUGGGUGAACGGCCCCUUGGAUGCGGUGAUGGGCUUCGUUGUGCUUCUACACUUGGCAUUCAUGGCUCUGAUGGCGCAGCAGAUCGGCCACGAGGCAAACGUCAGCUUGGGGCUUGCAGAGCCUGGUCCGACGGUGCUGUCGCGCAGUGUUUAUGACACGCUUGACACGGUCUUCUUUGUGGUGUAUGUCAUGGACAUGCUCACGCGCAUGCUGGUGCUUCGCAGGCGCUGGUACUACGACCCGGAGAUCGGGAUCAUGUACAUGAACCUGUUUGAUGCCAUCCUUGUUCUUGUCCACGCGUUGGAGCUAAUUAUGGCUUUCGCUGAAGAGUUGGGCGACCAGUCGCGGGUGGUGCGACUGUGGAGGCUGAUGCGUACGGUGCGGGUGGUGCGGAUCAUCAAGACCGUUACUGUGUUCCGACAGCUACGGGUCCUGGUCUCCACCAUGGCGGCCAGCAUCGGCGCGCUUUUCUGGUCCAUCGUCCUGCUCUUCUUCGUCAAGGUCGGAUUCGCUUUGAUCGUGUGCCUGUCACUGCAGGAUUUCAUUCUGGAUGAGGAGCAAGACAGGGCGACACGCUUGGAAAUCAAUCUUCUUUAUGGCAGCUUUCUGAAGGCUCUGUUCACCAUGUUCGAGGCGACCUACAGCGGGGGGUGGCCAUCGCGGUUUAGGCCGGUGGUGGAUGGCGUCAACCCACUGUACUCUCUUCUCUUCUUGUUGUACGUGACGGUGGUCAUCUUCGCGCUGCUCCGGGUUGUCACAGCCAUCUUUCUGAGAGAGACGAUUGAGAGCACGGCCAAUGAUGCCGAGCUGCAACUGUCAGAGCACAAGCGACUUGCACGAGCGUACGAGGGCAAGUUGGAGAUCCUGUUCAACACUUUGGACAGCGAUUCCAGUGGCUGGCUAUCCUUUCCGGAGUUUGUGAAUUCCCUGGGGAAUCCAGCCGUCAAGCGCUACAUGCGUCUCUUGGACUUGCACGUGAGCGAUGUCCAGCCAUUGUUUGAGAUCCUCGAUGAGGGUGGAGAUGGCAUGAUCUCUGUUCAUGAAUUUGUCAAGGGCUUGACACACGUCAAGGGACAAGCACGCGCUUUGGACAUCAUGGUCCUCCAGAGACAAAGUGCCCAGCUUCUCCGUGCAUGCCAUGAAGUUGACAACAAACUCAGCCGAGCAAUGGCCUCGAAGACGAGAAGUCCAACCACCCGGUUUAGGGAUUCCAUCUAA